AUGGUGUCCAACAACAAGCGCCACACGAUGAAGGCCAUCAAGAACAAGGACAUGAUUCACCCCUCUUCCAGAAAGGCCCAGCAGGUUAUGCGUGUCGUCCUCCGUAAGGACCGUCUCGAGCACCGUCAAAAGGUCCGCACCAACAACUCCUUCUCGACCUCCGAGCGUAUUCUUUGGUUCCGCCACGCUGUCCCCGAGGAUGUCAAGACGCUGACCCGUGAGGAGCAACAUGCCCUGAUCGAGGAGUACCUUGCCCGCUACAACGAGGAGUACAAUUCCCUCGUUGCUCUCCACCGCCCAGGAAAGGUCCGCCCAAAGGCAGCCCGCGAGGAUAUGUUGGCCGCUUUUAUUGCCAAUGAGCGUCGGGAGUAUGCCUCUGGAUUCGAAAUCCCUGACUUUUCGAGCCCUAAGAACGUUGUUAUACUCCGCGAGUGGGAUGGCGAUUUGAACUCUCUCGACCGUAUCAAGAUGAUCCGCCUGAACGACCCCAGCUAUGUCGCCAAGAUGACUCCCUCUGCCCCUGCCCCCAAGGUUGAGGAGAGCUCUGCCAUGCAGGAGUAA